GACCAUCAGAUGGAGCGCACGUCCCUGGUGCCCAGUCCAAUGUAACAGGCGAAAACUAGUGCUGUGUCGUCCAGUUUCGUGAUUCCAGAACCAGAACAGAACUGAAUCGAAAUCGGGGGAAAUGGAAAUGUAAAUAAACCCGGUCAGAAAGUGUUGAAAUUCGAAAACUCAGCGAUAAGUGUGGAUGGACAGAAGUGCGAUCACCGGACGGCAACUUUUCAUUUUGUUUUCGUUUGUGCAGAAAAUGUUUUUAUUUAUUUUUUUGGUUUUCGUAAGCUUGAUUCCUCGUAAUACCUAAAAGUGUCGUUCUAUGUGCACAUACUCUCUGCAUGUUGGCUAAUUGCUGCUAAUUUAUUGGCAAACAAACACGUCUAAGUGCGAGAGAUAUUUCUAAAAAGGCAAAAAUCGCUGCGGGCGACAGCUAAAAAGCACUUGCCGCUGUCAUGCCUCAUCAGCACCAUCAGCCGACCAGCAGCCAAAACAAUUUGACAUUUCUCAAAUCGAAUUACAAAUUCAAGCGCAGAGAGAUGACCGCCAUCCGCGCACUUCCGGCGACACCACAACCAAACCAAUUAGCGGCAACAAUGUCAAAGACGUCAGCAGCAACAUCAACAUCAGCAGCAACAGCAGCAGCAGCAACAGCAACACAAUUGGCAAGAGCAACUAGCCACGAAUGUAGAGCAGCUCUCGGUUUAUUUAUAGUAAGCGCAUGGAGUGUUUUGCAAGAGUUGGCCAAUUGCUAUUGCUGCUGGCAGGAUGAGGAUGACGAUGAAGAUCGCUAUAUUGGCCAUGGCCAUGACGUCAAUUGCUCUGACGAGGAGGUGUCAAUGGCACGUGAACAGCAACAACACCGGCAGCAACAUCAGCAACACCGGCAGCAACACCAGCAGCAGCAACACGAACACUUGGCCAGUUCUAGUCCAAUGAAAAGCAUGCGCUGCACGAGAGCAACACCAGCAGCAACAGCAGCAACAUCAGCCGACACCGCAGCAACACCGGGAGCAGCAGCAACUUCUGGUCAUCAGUUGGUUGGACAGCCUUUGAUGGCUCUGUUAAUUGGAUUGCUGCUACUGAAUUUUCGCCUGGCGGCGGCUGGCACCUGUUGGCAGACGCACCUGGGCAGCGGGAAGUGCGGCCAGGUCUUCUCGACGAACAUCUCGAGGUCGGAGUGCUGCGGUUCCAGCCAGAGCUUCUCCUACACGGAUCGCGAGCUCAGCAGCGUGGAGUACUUCUUUGCUACGGCCAUCGGCGGCGGGGUGGAGUGCUCGCCCUGCAUGGAGAGCUGCAAGGGCUUCAAGUGCGGGCCCAACAAGAAGUGCGUGAAGCGUCGAAAUCGACCCAAGUGCGUCUGUGCCCCCGAAUGCGGAGCAGCCCUGCGACGCAGGAACCAGGAGAAGGAGCUGGACCAGGAGCAGGAGCAGGACAUGGUGAAGCCUCCUCGCGAGUCCCGUAGUCUAAGUAGCGAAAAUUCCAACUUCAAUUUAGGUUUAGACGGCGGCCAACGCCAACGUGCCAACGACCAAAGAAAGCUGCACCGGAGACUUUUGAUCAUAGACAGCAGCAAUUUGCCAGAUCAGUCGCAGUCUCAGUCGCAGUCUGAGUCCCAGCCCACAAAUGGCCAGGUGAGACGCGGCCGGGUGGAGAUGACGGGCUAUGAGAGGCGCAGGCACCGAAACAGAAACAGCCAUGGCAAUGGCAAGCACUUAACAAGAUCAAUGACGACAGGAGCCAAUGACUCCUCACCGGCAGCUCCAGACAAGACGCCUGCGCAGUCGCCCGAUGCAGACUCAAUCUUGUCUAGACUUGGCAACUUGGCAAAUGCUAAUGAACCCGCCAACGACAUUAAUAGACAGUCGACUCGAGUCAGACACCAGCAUGCCAGACGCAUCGAGCAUGCUCCACAUCCAGACAAUGGGCCUAGGAAAAGGCAGCAGGAUCGGAUGCAUCGUAUGGAUCGUAUGGAUACAGAAGCCCAGUCAGCGAAUACCACAAUGUCUGGCUCUGGGUCGGCGAAUCAUCGUCGAAUCUUUCAGCUGCAACGCGGAAGUGAAACGGCUGCGUCAUCGGACCUCGCUAAUGCCCAUGACUUGGCUCUUCUGGGCGGAAUCUACGAGCCCCUGUCGCUGCAGCAGCAGCAACAGCAGCAGCAGCAACAUCAGCAGCACUCGAAUCCGGUUUGCGGCUCCGACGGACGCACCUACAACACCGAGUGCCAGCUGCGCAAGCGCGCCUGCCGCACCAACAACGCCCAACUGGAGGUCGCCUAUCGGGGCCACUGCAAGAACAGCUGCCGUGGAGUCCAGUGCCUGAAGGGGUUGACCUGCGUGGAGGACCAGUACAUGAUGCCCCACUGCAUCGCCUGCCGGAUAGAGUGUCCCUGGGACAACCUGGAUGCCGAUUCCGGGGGCUACGAUGAGCGGCAGGCGGUGUGCGGGGUGGAUGGCAAGACAUACAGGAGCGCCUGUGAUAUAAAUCGAAUGAUUUGCAAAAUUGGACGUUCCAUCGCCGUGGCAUAUCCGGGACCCUGUCGAGUGGGCCGCGUGAGCUGUGCGGACAUCAAGUGUGGCCCGAAGGAUAACUGCCUGGUGGAUCUGCAGACGCGCCAGCCGCGGUGCGUGUCCUGUCGCUACAAGUGUCCGCGGAAGCAGCAGCGACCGGCUCACAAAAUAUGCGGCUACAACAACCAUACAUACAACUCGUGGUGCGAGAUGCACAAGAACUCCUGCGAAUCCCGCUACUUCAUCGGCGUCAAGUCGCAGGGAAGCUGCUAGAGGACUGGAUGCAUCUCCCGUCCGCAUUGGCCUAUGGCAUUAUGUAGCGUGUUCUUCCGUAGUUCCAACAUCCAAAGAUUCUCGUUGUGCGUUUUCGUGUUGUAAUCGGUGGAUGGGCCUUAGGCUGUUGCCAACCAAGCUUACACUACAUAUUAUCGGAUACAUUUUACAUACAGGGCAAAGUAUUAUCAACCAUACAACAUUACGUAUUGCAGCAAUUCUUAUCCAGCAUGUAUCGCAAGAGAAACCACAUAUCUUAAGAGGCUUUUGUAUUUAACAUUUAGGCUACACGGUAAUUACUUUAAACGAUUGGUUUGAAUGCGUAUUUCGCUCGCAAUUAGUUUAGACCAACAUACGCGACUUCAUAUUUAUUUAACAUUACCUUCCCCAUAUUCUUUUUGUUCAUAAGCGAAGCUAAAUUAAUUAAUUGACUGAUAGCUUAACCUUAUAGCAAGAUUUUUGAAUUAAUAUAUACAUAUAUAGAACCGAUGUAAUUGUUAAUUAAAUGUGUUUCCAACAUAA